CUCUGUCCAGGUCCAGCAGAAGAGCUCAGCCAUCGUCCAGAAGAAGUCCUUCGUCCCCAGCAGCAAGGGCGAGUAUAUUGUCACCAAACUCGAUGACCUGAUCAACUGGGCGCGAAGGAGCUCCCUGUGGCCGAUGACGUUUGGCCUGGCGUGCUGUGCCGUGGAGAUGAUGCACAUGGCGGCUCCUCGCUACGACAUGGACCGCUUCGGGGUCGUGUUUCGAGCUAGUCCCCGGCAAGCUGACGUCAUGAUUGUGGCCGGCACCCUGACGAACAAAAUGGCUCCGGCUCUCCGAAAGGUCUACGACCAGAUGCCGGAGCCUCGCUACGUGGUCUCCAUGGGAAGCUGUGCCAACGGCGGGGGUUACUACCACUACUCCUACUCCGUGGUGAGGGGCUGCGACCGCAUCGUGCCGGUGGACAUCUACGUGCCAGGCUGCCCACCAACUGCUGAAGCUUUGCUGUAUGGAAUCCUGCAGCUUCAGAGGAAAAUCAAACGGGAGAAGAAGAUCCAGAUCUGGUACAGGAAAUAGCCUCGUACUCAUCACCUGCCCGCUCACUGCCGCCAGGCACCUGCUUGCAGCCGUACGCACAAUCUCUGUUCUCACGAGCCUUCCAAUAAAACUCGACGUG